AUGAAUGUUGCUCUCGGCUCCAUAACGCUUCUGAUAGCGGGAAUCCGCUUCAUAUCCAAGUAUCUCUUCAGCAUUAGGCAAGGUUUUGGACCCGAUGAUUGGACCUUGCUAGCAGCAGGAUUUAUCGGCAUUCCUUGCAUCGCGUUCAACAUCUUGGGAUUGAGUAGCCACGGGCUGGGGAAGGAUAUCUGGACAUUGGCUCCAGGUGACGUUGCCUCCUUCGCUCGGUGGCUCCUAGCCAUGGAAAUUUUCUACGUGGUCAUUAUGACCAUUGUGAAGAUCAGUCUAUCGCUCUUCUAUCUUGACCUGUUUCCAGGGGCUGCCUUCCGUAAAGUAGUUUGGGGUACGAUCAUAUUCAAUAUCGCAUCUGGUCUCAGCUUCGUUAUUGGAAGCCUCGUGCAAUGCGUACCAUUGAGCUUUACCUGGGAGCAGUUUAGCAACUCUUCGCACGGGCACUGCAUCAACAUGAAUUCAUUUGGAUGGGCAAACGCAGCCGUCAAUGUUGCAACGGAUCUUUGGCUUACAGUCAUUCCUCUAGUCCAGCUAUACAAGCUCGACACUCAUUGGAGACGGAAGCUAAGUGCUGCUAUUAUGUUUAUGACGGGAGUGAUGUGCGACCAAUCUUCCCCCCCUCUAUCUCAUCUUGGUUAUGAUAAGCCAUAUACUAACUUUGCAUCAUCAGAGCGACAAUCGUUUCCAUCCUCCGAUUCCAGUCGUUGUCCCACUUUGCCAACUCGGCGAACCCAACCUGGGACCACUGGAGCAUCGCCUGGUGGUCGACUCUCGAAGUCAACAUAA